AUGGGGGCUAAAGGAGCGUCAGAGUCUCGACGCUGCACCCCACUCGGCUGCUCCCGCCCCCUAAACCCUGGGAGGGGCGGAGCGGAGGAAUCGAAAGAGAAAGCGGCGGAGGCGGGCGGCCGCGGGCUCGGCGCCGGGAUGGAGCCGCGGGCGCUGCGGCGGCUCUGGCUGCUCUGCUGCUGCUGCUGCUGCUGGGGCCGCGGCGCGGGCUCCGGCGCCACCUUCCCCCGGAUCUGGCCGCGGAGCCGCGAGCGACAGGCAGCUGCCUUCCGGGAAAGUCUUAAUAGACAUCGAUACUUGAAUUCUUUAUUUCCUAGUGAAAAUUCCACUGCCAUCUAUGGAAUAAAUCAGUUUUCUUAUUUGUUUCCUGACGAGUUUAAAGCUAUUUAUUUAAGAAGCAAACCUUCCAGGUUUCCCAGAUACCCAGCAGAAGCACAAACGUCCAUCUCCAAUAUGUCUUUGCCGUUAAGAUUUGACUGGAGGGACAAGCACGUUGUGACGCAAGUGAGAAACCAGCAGGCGUGUGGAGGAUGCUGGGCCUUCAGCGUGGUGGGCGCAGUGGAAUCUGUAUAUGCAAUAAAAGGGAAACCUUUGGAAGACCUAAGUGUGCAGCAGGUCAUUGAUUGUUCAUAUAAUAAUUACGGCUGCAAUGGAGGGUCUGUUCUCGAUGCUUUGAACUGGUUAAAUAAGACACAAGUAAAACUGGUGCAAGACUCAGAAUACCCAUUUAAAGCACAAAAUGGCCUGUGCCAUUACUUUUCUGAUUCACAUUCUGGAUUUUCAAUCAAAGGUUAUUCUGCACAUGACUUCAGUGACCACGAAGACGAAAUGGCAAAAGCACUAAUUACCUUUGGCCCUUUGGUAGUGAUAGUAGAUGCAGUGAGCUGGCAAGAUUAUCUGGGAGGCAUAAUACAACAUCAUUGCUCUAGCGGAGAAGCAAAUCAUGCAGUUCUCAUAACUGGCUUUGAUAAAACAGGAAGUACCCCAUACUGGAUUGUGCGGAACUCAUGGGGAAUUUCUUGGGGAGUAGAUGGCUAUGCCCAUGUUAAAAUGGGAGGUAAUAUUUGCGGUAUUGCGGAUUCCGUUUCUGCUGUAUUUGUGUGAUACGUUGAGCAGAUCAAGAGACAACUACAAAAAGGCAGAUUCAUCAUGAAAUGUAGCGUGGUACUUCAUUCUUACCAUCAUUUACCUUUAGGCUUUAGCAGCCACCCACAAAAGGUUCUAGGAUCUAGUAGUAUUUAAACUACACUGUAGAAUGUUCCCUUCUUCUGGAGAGAUGGACAACCAAAGUCAGUAGGAAGAACAUCAGCACCUGGCCUGGGAAGAAAACUGUGGAAGUUUCCCACUCUGGGAUGAAGGUCGGAUUAGGACAUAUUUUAGGUCUCUUCAACUUGAAGAGGCUAUUAUCUGGUUUUGUUUGAUUAUUGUUUUUGUUUGUUUAUUUUUAAUGAUAUACUUCUGGUAGGAUUAAAGAGGUGAUAAGAAUUUCUUUUCCUUUGUGGGAUAUAAUCACCAGCGUUAGCUUACUCCUAUAUACAAGAAUAGCCAACCUAAAAUUAUGUGUGCCUCUCACAAUUAUAUAGCAGCCCUCGGAGAUGGAAUAUCGUAAGGAUUUUGAAAUACCAAUUGCUUUACCUCGAUAAAUGGUGUUUACCUCUUGAA